AUGGAUGAAGCUGUACAAGCUGCAGUUUACUUAUUCAGAAAACCGCCAUACUGUGGAAUUUUUCUCAAUAUGUCGCUGCUUCUAACGAGAUGUGAAGACACAGAGGAACAGACGGAAGCGGAAAACAAUAAGGAAACAGAAGAAGAAAUCACUUUAACUGAAAAUGAAAAUAAUGAAACGUAUUACACGGUCCCAAAUGUGUAUUUCUGUGCAACGAUGUGGCACGAAACUGAAACUGAAAUGACACAGCUACUGAAAUCCAUUUUUAGGGUUGAUUAUGAACAAUAUCUUCAAAAGGGUUAUGAAAAUAAAAUCAAUGAAAAGAGGAAGCUGAUGAAUAAGACACGUUACGUAGACAAAGAGGGUUACGACUUUUCAGUGCAUAUUUUCUUCGAUGACGCUUUCAAACCCCGGAAAACCAAAACUGGUAAAGUUUUAAAAGGAAAAGACGUCAAUAAUUUUGUAAGGACUCUUGAGAAUGUGAUUCCAAAGACAGCAAAGUCAGUUUACGGUGGAUUUGAGUUAGACGAAGUAAAGCGAUAUGAGACACCCUAUGGAGCUAGAUUUGAGUGGGAGCUCCUAACAUCUCAGAAACUUGUUGUACACCUCAAAGACAAAACAAAAAUAAGGCAUCGGAAACGUUGGAGCCAGGUAAUGUAUCUCUAUUAUCUACUAACCUUCAAAAUGAAUGAGACAAAAGAAUCACUUAAGAGGGACCCGAAAAACAGCGAGAAGAUUGUACAGCAAAAAAUGAGGAUGUUUGCUGACAAUACAUUUAUACUAGCUUUGGAUGGGGAUGUGGAUUUUAAGCCGGAGGCGGUAACUCGUUUGCUCGAUCGUAUGAAAAAGAAUCCAUUAGUUGGGGCUGCUUGUGGUCGCAUUCAUCCUAUAGGUUCUGGCCCUAUGGUUUGGUAUCAAACGUUUGAGUAUGCUAUAAGCCACUGGCUUCAGAAGGCUACAGAGCAUGUGUUUGGCUGUGUGUUGUGUUCCCCUGGAUGCUUCAGUCUGUUUCGUGGUUCAGCAUUACUAGCAGACAAUGUUAUGAAAACCUACACAAGAUUGCCAACUGAAGCUGCUCAUCAUGUACAAUACGAUCAAGGUGAAGAUAGAUGGUUAUGUACCUUGUUGUUAAAACAAAAGUACAGGGUAGAAUAUUGUGCUGCCUCGGAUGCUUUGACCUUUGCCCCGGAAGGAUUUUACGAGUUCUAUAACCAGAGGAGACGCUGGGCUCCAUCUACAAUGGCUAACAUUUUGGAUCUUCUAAUGGAUGGAAACAGUGUCCGAAAAACGAAUCAGAACAUUUCAAGACCGUACAUAUUUUACCACAUCUGUUUAUUUAUUUCCUCAAUACUGACACCAGGAACAAUUUUUCUGUUGAUUCUUGGUGCCAUCAUAACAGCUUUUCCACAAAUUGAACCAUGGCUUGCAUUGUUACUAAAUGGUGUACCUGUAGCCAUCUUUAUAAUCUCAAUUUACGUUGCCAAAGAGGAAACGCAGCUUUUGUUUGCGGCAAUAUUGUCGACGCUUUACAGCUUGGUCAUGUUGGUUGUUCUGAUAGGGUUGCUAAAGGAAGGAGUCGAGGCACAAUUCUGCUCAGUUACAACUGUUUUCUUUUGCUUCGUGGCUGGAGUCUUCAUAAUUGCUGCAGUUUUGCACCCAAUGGAAUUUUCCUGUAUUUUUCACGGACUUCUUUAUUUCCUGGCUGUUCCAUCGAUGUCAAUGCUUUUAAUCUUUUACUCUGUUGGAAAUCUGCAUAACGUUAAUUGGGGAACACGUGAAAGUAAAACAGCAAAAAAGGAUGACUCCUCAUCUCAAAAGAUAAAGAAACGAGUUCAAGGCCAAUCGUGCUCUAUUGGGGACUGGUGCAGAUGUACUUUAUGCUUUAAUGAAAUUGAGGAUAAACGACGUACAGGAUCAGAAGAAGAAGGGGAGUCAGAUGAAGAGAACCAGGCUGAUAAAGAGUCUGAUGAUAAACAGGAUGAAAAAAGUCCAGUAAAAUCCAAGAAGAAGGAACAGGUAGCUGAAGGAAACGAAAGCAAAUCGAAAGUGCAGGGAUCAGAGACCACAAAGAAUAGCGGUUCCAAAGAUAAAGCAAAAGCAACGGAAAAGAAAGGCACAGGACAAAAGGGAAACCAAAAACAUGGUAUUUUCAAAGAAUGCAAUCCCAUUGAAACAGAUGAAGAGGAUUUUUGGAGAAAAUUCAUUAAAAAAUACCUCAACCCUCUGAAAAUGAAUGACGAUGAAAAGGCUAAAAUGCAAGCUGAACUUAUUGAUCUUAGAAACAAGGUGUUUUUCUUUUAUUUUAUAACAAAUGCCAUUUUUGUUACAAUUGUUUAUGUUCUCACUCAAGUAAAUGCCUAUCAGAACACACUUUCAAUCCCACUACCAUGCAGUGUCGGGGAUUCUCAAGGCGUGAUCGAACCUAUCUCUAUAGCUUUUACGCUUGUCUUUGGUAUUCUUCUUUUUAUGCAAUUUUUUGGAAUGAUAACACACCGUGUUUCAACAAUUUCUCAUAUAGUAGCUAGAACAAAAAUCUUCGAUAAAAAAUUGGAUACAAAAAUUCCGAUUAAGAAAUUUGUGAAACCAAUAGCUGAUGGAGAAAGAGAGGAAAGAAAAGAAAAAGAGGAUAUCAGUAAACCGUCCAAAUGGAAAAUAUUGAAAGCAGGAAUCGGUCUUCAAAUUCUUUCCGGACAAAUUGCAUCGAAACAACAACAAACCAUUGUAGAUCUUAGAAAGAACAUCCAAAGCAAGUUAGAAACGAUUGGAGAGGACAGUGAGGGAGAUGAGAUUCUCAAUCGCUUUCCUGAUAAACAUGUUAAGACAUUGAGUGUUAGAGGCAUGCAGAAUUUCCCGCCUAUGGAUACAAGGAAUCCUGGAUCCUCCAACGAAUAAAUUAUGGGAUGGAAUAUUUUAGUUCAAUUUUCAAGAUUUUGAAAAUAAUUCGGUGUCUUAAUAUAUGUAGCAACUGGAAAACGCACGUAAACGUACUAGUAAAUAUUCGCAUUUUUGAGUUUUUUCUUGGAUUGUUUGAAAAUGAAAGUAGAUAGUUUGAUUGUAUAUUUAUGGGUUUUUUUUACUUUGAUAAAAAAAAUCCAGUCUAUGACAUUAAAACAGUUUUGU